GAUUUCAUCGAAAUAUGAGUAACGGUAAGUGCAAUUUAAAAACCCGAAACAAAUUUUUAAAAAGGACGGACAUUAUACGUCAUAUACGUCAUAUUAUGAGCGACCCAUUGUUAUAAGUGAUAAGUUGGACAUGUAAGACAUAGAAAGGAUUUUAAUUUAUAUCUGUACACAACGAUAAAACAUGACUUACGAAAAACGAUUCUGAGUAGUGUUCGGAAAAUAGCAUUGCUUUUUGUACAAUGUGCGUUUUCAUGAUAACGAUUUUUUAAAAAAAUUAAAAUAAUAAAAUCUUAUUUAUAACAAAAAAUAAAUAAAAAAUGUCGCCAAUGACAACUUUAUUUUUAUCUUUUAAACUAUUUUUACUCUAAAACCAAUUUUUCCUCUUUAUCUUAAAUAUAAUGAUAACUUCAAAAAAUGACCUUUCUAAAGUAACAACUAAAGCUAAAAUGCAACCAAAAAGGUCCUCUUUUCAUGUUUUUAUUGAAGCAAGAUAUCUAGGAGAAAAGUUAUUUACAAGAAGAAAAAAAUACAAAUCAAAGUUAAACUAAUAGAUUUCUCACUUCACUCGGAAUUUAAAAUUUGGCGAGUCUAUUUUUAAUUUAUUUUCUGAGAUUCGGGUACUCGUGUUUUUAUUGUAAACUUAGGGGUUGUUCUGUUUAAAAUGAUUUAAAGCCAUCAAUCUUUUUUAUUAUGUUUAUGGAGAAUACAUAAAUACUUAAUUAACUAAAUAUGUGACCGAUUUUAUAAUAUUACCUCGGGCCAGCUCGGAUUCCCAGUCCACCACUGAACUAAACUCCGCCCCUGAACUAAACUCUGCUCAGAGAGUUAGGUUAACCUAACCUAAUCUCAAAAUUGUUUUUCGUUAUUAAUGAUUAAUCGUUGCGUAUAGAUUUCCCCUAAUUUCCCCUCUAUAUCGUACCUUCCUAAUUUCUUACCUACUAUAGUACCCCACCCAAUGUGUGAAAUGUGUCUGUCUUUUUAAUAAUAUGAUAACAUAGUGAAAUCCAUAGAUAUAAAAAUAUAUUUGUUAUUUGUGAUCGAACAGGAUUAAGGUUUUUAAUGUUAUCAUUUUGUUUGGCGGUUCAACGGUGCUUUUAUCAAUGAUUUCUAGUUUCAAAAUAAAUGUCCCAGGAUCCCUUAAGAUCUAUUUACACAUAGAAGUGACGUGAUAAUAACGUGGCUUUUUCCGGAAUUGCACUGGUGAGAUAAAUAGUAUAGGAAAAUAAGCUUACUUUUCUCAUUCUUCCGGUGAAGAACCGUACCGUUGCAAGCAGUGCUGUACCCGUCACCGUGUCGUGAUAGUGAGAUUUCUUACGGAUGUUAUUUUUCUCAUUUAACGGCCUAAUUUUUUAGUUAGGCAAGUAUUGACUUUUCCCAGUUUUAACUAUAAUGUACUAUAUCUAACGUAAAAUGAAACACUGAUUAGUAUAAAUUAGUAAUAGACCUUAAAGGUUAUGCGAGCUUACACUGUUACAUAUUUACCAGUAAAUAAGAAUAUGAGUGGAUGAUGCUAUGGAGAGAUUAUUUUUUAUGAAAAACCGGAGUUUAGUCUCUGUAUUCUAAGUAUAUAACAAGCAUUGUAAUAUUAUAAUUAAUUAAAUAUACAUUUCUUAUUUCAUGUAUUAAAAUGUUAUAUUUUACAAAUAUAAAAGAGCCAAAUUUCCGUGUCUAUUCAUAAAAUUGUUGUAGCUGUGACCUCGCUUUUUAGAGAGUUUUCUAUUUUAAGAGUGGGUGAAAAUAUAUUUUGCCUCCUCCACCGUAAAGUAAGCCUAGGUACACCACUAGGGCAGAGGUUCUUAAUCUUUUUAGGACCACAACCCAAAUUUUCUUCCAAAAAUCUAUCGCGACCACCAUAGUUUUACAUUUACAGAAUUAAAUAGUAGUUUCAAAAAACAAAAUUAGUUUUAUUUUUAUUGCUUAUUUACUACUUUAUAAUAAUAAUAAUCAUUAUUAUUAUUAUUAUAAUAUACUUAUAAUAAUAAUAUAAUACUUGAUUAAUAAAGAGGAGUAUAUGAUGAAUGUGCUUGUUUCCUGCUAUUGUUAAAGAAAGCACCAAUAUCAACGUAAAUCUUAGCUAUUUUCAAAAGCAAGGAAUUCGUUAAUUUGAGCUUGAACACAGAAAUGUUUAUUUUUGAUGCCCGAUAUUGCCGAAAAUCCAACCUUACAUAAGUAUGAAUAUGAGAAAGGUUGUAAUACAUUUAAAGCUUCAGUUGAAAGAGUUGGACAUUUCUGUUGAGCUGACAGCCAAAAUUCAAUCAAAUUAUGCGGCUAAAUUUAAGUUUUAAUGGUGUAUUUUUAGAUUCAUUAAUGAGUUCUUCGGCUUUUGUUGAUAUCUCUGUUAAUAUAGCGUCCUGAAACGGAUUCACAAUCCAGUUAUUUUGUUGACAUUUUUCCAUUUCUUCAAGAAAGUAAAAGUUGAGAUUGUCUUUCAACGAAAUUAAAUGCAAAGUGACUUGGCUAUUUAUGUCAUCAGCAACUUAUAUAUUAUUUUCGGUUAUGAAAGUUUGAAAUAUUUCAAAACGAUCAUAAUUUUGCUUUUCAAUGUUUUUUUCAUAUAAAGUAAGUUUUUUUUAUAAAAAAUCUAAUUUUCUCAUGGACCGCAAAUAUAUCGGAUCCUUCUGUUCCUUGUAAAUAUAAAUUUAGUUCAUUCAGAUUCUAAAAUAUGUCGGCUAAAUACGUGAGCUUCAAAAUAAAUUCUUCAUUGUGCAACGAUUUUGCCAAAUCAGAUUUUUUUUUUUAAAAACAGUGCAACUUCUUUGUGGAGUUCCACAAGUCUUUUUUAUACUUUUCCUCUUGACAGCCAACGUACUUCGGUGUGCAAAAGAAAAGAUUUAUGAGAACUUUCCAUCUUUUCACACAAUCUUUCAAAUAAUCGUGAUUACAGUGGCUUUGUCUUAAUGAAAUUUUCACAGAAGUGUUCAAUAUGAUUUUCAAGUUAUCCAGCCGAAUUUUUGAUACUAAAACUUCCCUGUGAAUGUCGCAGUGAGUCCAUGAUGCAUUCGGACUAACUUCAAGCAUUCGAGUUACAACACUACUAUUUUUACUAUACAUAGCUCUAGCAUCGUUUCUACAUAAUCUGAUAUAUUUUACCCAAUCAUGACCUUUUAUUUUUGAUAUAAGUAUCGAGGGUAUAGAAUAUUUCCUCAUUAGUACCUCGAAUAGUUGGUUCACAAAAUAACAUAUCUUCAUGUGGUCCGUUGUUCCAUAUAUAACGUAUGAAUACAAGAAUCUGACAUAAACCUUAAGCAUCUGUAAAUUCAUCUAGUUGUAGUGAGAAAAAUCUANUCCAACUACAUCUUUUAUUGAUGGUAAUAUUAAAUUCUCUCCGAUAGUAUGUGAUUUGCCAGAUUUUGCGAUUCGUAAAAUUAUCAGGUACGAAGCGUGCAUAGCUUUUUCACUGACCUUGGUAAACUGUAUAAUUUUUGUUUUGGAUGUUUUCAGUUCUUUCAACUUUGUUUCGAAAUAAUAGAGAGGCUAAUCAAUUAGAUCAAGAUGCUUAGUCUCAAUAUGCCGACGUAAUUUAUUCGGGCGCAUUAUCUCGUUUGCAAGUACUUCAUAACAAAUGACACACUGUGAAAAACGUAUUGUUCAUCAUUAUCUUCUUUCCAAGAAAAACCAAUUUUUAGGUACUCUAAAUCAUAGUUUCUUGUCUUUUUUUCGUUUAAAAUUCGAAGUUGAAGGUUCGUUUUCAUCAGUUUCAAUUGUUUUGCUUAUUUACCAACCAUUUAUCAAUUAUACAAUUUUUGUAAAUAAUCUGUCACAGAAAUAGCGCGCACAACAAUAAAUAUCAGUAUAAAUAUAUAAGCUUAUUUUUACUAUGAGCUUAAAAGUAUUAAACUUAUUAGGCCGGUCAUUAUUACGCCAUAUCCUAUUAAAAUGUCACCCCUGUUAAGAAAUGACUGGGUGCCACAACAAAUUAACAACACUUGCAGUUAUAUUUUGACUCUUGUAAUUUUAAACAGUAUAAAAAUUGUUAUUAUAUCAAUAGAACGUCACUAUGCACUUUCUAAAAUCAUAAAUACCUUAUCUUUUUCUCAAGGAAAAUGUUCAGUGAACGUUAUUCAACUUCAUACUAUAUAUAAUGUGACGUUGAAAAAGUGAAGUAUAUUAUAAAUAUACCUAACUAGUAUUUCUAUUAAUAAAUGAAAAUAUAUCUUCUUGCAAAAAAUAUAAUUAUUAUUUUUAACUUUAUAAAUCGCAAAUGCAUCGAAAACUCAAAUCGUCAUUUUAAUUUUUAGACCACGCACUAAGGUACAUGGAGUAUCUUUAUAAAAAUAUUGAAGUCAGUAAGUAUUUACGUUGUAUUAUUAUUUAACACAAAUUAAAACUAUACAUAUAAUAUAAUAUAUAAUACUUAUUUAAAUAAUAUCUCUUUUGAAUUAUUAAAUCAGGUGAAGAAAUAAUAAAUGAUGGAACAAAACAAAUUAUGCCACUAACAUCUAUUCUGAUGUCUCCAAGAAAUUAUUGUAUUAUUUUAUCAGGUUUGUUAAAAUUAAAUUAACAUUUUUAACUGUUUUUUACCAGGUCUACUAUGCUAAUAAGUAUUUAUUUAUAGUACUGAGACGCCGAGUUGCUAAUAAGUGACCACUUGCGAGUAAAUCUUCGUUGAGUAUAACAAAUUAUUGUCAAACAAUAUUGUCUGUGACAGGCGAUCGACGAGCUGUAUAUUGCUAGCUGUGUUCAAGCAAAUCGGUUAUAAUAUACAGAGUAUAAGUUUAUGUGAGGUGUAAGAUAAAAAAAUAAAUGCAUUAAAAUAUACGGUAAGAAAAACAAUGUGAAAGUCAGCACAACUAACCAGUUAAGAGACGAGGGUAUAGGAAAACCAAAGAAAACAGUCCGCCUUCGGUAUCUGCAAUAACAUACAAUUGUUUAUCCCGACUAACGACCACGAACAGCGCUAUGUUGAGAUCAUGCUCAAGUUAGUUGAGGGCAAUUGCUGCGUGUACAAGGUGAUAGACAAAAAAUAAACACACUUAAAUGUAUAAUGGAGAACUAGGAUGACUUAGAUGACAAUAUGUACAACUACUAGGUUUAAGGAAAUAUGGAUUAACCAAAUACAACAGUCUACCUAUGGUAUCUGCAAUUGCCGUAUAGAUUUUAAAGGAUGUAGGCAGUGAUUAUUUAAGGUGAGCAAAUAAUGUGUACUUCCGGUAAGUGGUAACUGUGUCGAAAAGAGUAACACGUCAAGUGAUGCCAUCUAUGGUUCUUAACCUGAUGCUUCCCAUAAUAUUAAGAACGCAACAGUGGCUACGUGGGGCGUCAGUGUGUGAACGACAUGCGUAAGUAAUUGUGAAAUAAUUUAUAGCGUACUUAUAUUUUUAUUAAUGGAACUGGUAAUUAUGUUACGUCACUUUUGAUCAUUUAUUAAAAAUACUAAAUAUUGAAUGCAUUAUAAUAUUAAAUUAAAAUUAAUGUUUAUUUUAGAUUCUGAGAGUAAUGACGAAGCUAUUAGUUUUUCUUAUUCUUAUAUAAUCGGGUAGUUACCGGUUUACCGAGUUCUGUUCGGAAUAGAUUUGUAUUAUUUACCUAAUUAUGAUUUAUUGUUACUUUCAUUGUAUAAACUAAACGAUCUUACAUUUCCACCUACAUGCAAUUUCUUGAAUUAAAUUAAUAUCUGUAGAAUUACUAUUCUUACAUUUAUAUAAUAUAUUAUGUAUAUUUGUUUAGAUCAAUUAAUGUCAAAUACAUUAUUUGACAGUAGUCAAUGGGCCUCGCGUAUUUUAGGUAACAUUUUUAAUUAGAUUUUUAACUUAAUAAUUUAAAAGGUUUAAUAAUCAUCAUCGCUAUUAUUUAAAUACUCGUAGAUAAACUUAAUUUAACUGUUUAACAUAUAAUUAUGAAGAUACAUGUAAAUACAUUGGAUAUAUAUAUUCCUACAGCUGCUCCUUCCGGAACAAACUUAGCUUAAAUUCGGAAAAUAGAGUUGUUUUAUAAGCAAACUGAAGUGAUAAAUGGAUUAAAUUUCACUGGUAACCUAACCAAACAUUAUUUUGGGAGGAGGGAGUUUUAUUUAUAUUAAAACACCCCUAAUGACCCUCACGAACCCCCCUCCCCCAAAUAAAGCUGGGAGUAUGAAUGCAAUAUUAUGCGUUAGUAUCAAGGAUUUGUCUUAUAUUUUUAAAGAAUUCAACACCUAACUUCCACAGCCUUUUCCCUACUAUUUGUUUACUCAAAUAUCACAAUUUCCUUGGAAGUAAUAUAGUUCUAGUAUAGUUUAAUAUAGUAAUAUGUAAAGUAUUAUAGCAUUUAGUUAUUUAUAGGUUAUCAAAGUAGUACUGAUGAUUGACAGUAAUAUUUUUUUUGAUAGUUCUGAUAUAAUCAUGCAUUAAGAUUAUAAUUAUGAACUAGAUAGAAUACAAGAUGGAUGGAUGGUAGAGACACGGUUAGAAAUUGCCAUGGCCAGAUGCUAGAAUCCAUAGCCAAUUUAAUCAAACGUGUCAACAACUUACGAAUUUCAUAAAAUACUAUAAAAAGCUAGAACUAUGAUGAGAAUUAUAUAUUACAAUAAAUUAUAAGUUUGUAAAUAUUUUGUACAAAUUUAAUGUAGCUUUAUAAAUUCUCCGAUAGAGCAAGUUAACAUCGUCUUAGUUCAUAAUUGUAAUUAUACGAUUUAACACAGUCUAUUAUCUUAUGAUCCAAGGUGCCUGUAUGUCUAUUAUGUCUAUUCAUUAAUUCAUAUUUAGCAUAUUAUAUUCAGCAUUGCGGCACGGCGUCCCGAUUACAUAACUGUUUUGGACCAUAAUCGUUCUCUUCUGUUUUCAGCUGAUUCACUUUACAGCCAAAUCGAAAUUUCAAAAUAUACUUUAUAUUAUAUAAUAAUUAUGUUGAAAAGUAUAAAUAUUCAGGACGAUCAUCUAUAAAGUUAUGAAAAAAAUAUUAUUUAGUUUUAGAAAAAUUAAUCCAAAAGUUUGGUAUAACCGUUUUCAUGACUUCACAAAAACGAAACAAUUUCUUCUUCUUCUAUUCGUCUUCAAUCGUUUGAUUGGUUUGCUGCAAUUCCCCAAUCACCCAUGUUGUUACGCGAUGAGGAGUGGUAGAAAUUCGGCCUCUGUGCUCUCGCUGAUGCGUGGAGCGUGUACUUUCUCUCGUGAGUCAGAGUAUAGUAAUCAAAAUAAUUGAAUUUAAUGAAAAACAUUGAAAUCCAUUGAAUUGCUUAUCUGAUUGAUAAUUUAGUAUUUGGUGAUUGAUAAUGAAGUUGUCAUGAAACACAUACUAUCUGUAUAUUAUAAGCACUUGAAAUAUAAUUCGGCUAGUUAAUAUUUUCCUCGUAAAUUUGAAAUAUCUUUUGUAUUGUUUAAUGUAUUUUCUGUUACCUAUACUCGAAAUAUGAUUUUCAAAAAUAUUAGUUAAAAAUUAAGUAUAUAUUAAUGUGUUUAUUAAUAAAUUAAAAUAAACUUAACUAAAUUACGUUAAAUACUAUAAAUUGUAAUAAGUUCCGGAAAGUCGAUAAUAAAGUGGCGAAUCCUUCGGUUUCACUGUUAGUUACCUACGUUUGCCUCUUAUUAAUAUUUUAGAAUAUAGUUUAUGUAUACUAUUAGAUAGUAGUAAUCAAAAAUCAAAUAAGACAAUAACUUAUAGUAUUUGUGGAUUAUGGACUAUACUUAAACAUACAAACAAAUCAAAUAUUAUGAAAUAUUUUCGUAACUAUAAAUUACUGCAAAUACAUUAAUUAAUAAUACUUGAUUUCUAUUAACUUUUUAAAUUUUGUUCAAUUGUUAAUAAAAUAAACGUUAACAAAUGUAGACAGGUAUAUUCACAUAUAACACAAUAAAUAUAAUAAAAUAAAUGAUUCACAGGGUGUCCCACGAAUGGGUGAUAUAUCCAUUAUAAUAUCUCCGGAGAUAAUCGAAUUCUAGUUUUUAUUAUAUAUAUAUUACUCACUGGGAUAGGGACUAAAAAUAUUUAUAUUGCAAUUAAUUUUUUAUGUUUUGAUUAAAAAUUUAAAAAAAUAACUUUUUAUUUCAUUAUUAUUGAAAAAUUUGAAGAUAGCCAUUUAAUUAAUUAUGGAAUGUGAUUACAGCCUACUGCAUAAUUGUAGGUACUUUUCCCUGAACUUUAUAAAAUGAUUAUAUAUCACGUUUUUAAUGAAAAUAAAAACAUCAAAAAUAAAAAUUUUUUAGAUAAAAAUAACUAUAAAAUAGCUGUCUUCAAUUUUUUCAAAAAUAAAAUAUAAAGUUAUAUUUUUUUAAAAGUUUUUUAUCGAAUCAUAACAAAAUUAUGGCAAUAUAAAUAUUUUUAGUCCUUAUCCUUGUGAGUAAUAAAAAAAAAAAACAGACCUUGAUUAUCAUUAUUACCUCUGGGGAUAUUACAAUGGGUCUUGAAAUAUCUUCAUGGGACACUGUAUACAACAUAUUUCUAUUGUUAAAUGAAUAAUUUAGAUUUAAUUUCUUGGUAUUAUAGAGGUAUUUUAUUGCACACGAAUUUUUCAGACAUUUUACAAAAGUAUAAUAAUAUAUAAUAAUAAAAUAAGAUAUCAUAAAAUUAUAAUAUUUUGCUAAAAGUCGAUCAUUACCAUUGUUACUUGGCAUAUGGUCUAACACGGGCUGAAUGAUAACAAAAAUAACAAUAAUAAGGGGCAAAGGUAGGCUCCGUAUUUUUCACUGCUGAUUAUCUUGCUUUUCCAGUAUUAUCAUUAAUUGAUUGUACCUGCUUACGUUUAAAAUAAGAUUUAAGAUAUUUUUAAUCGUUGUUCGAAACGAUAGUUUUUCUUAUAGUUUGGAGCAUAAUAUAUACACAAUACGUCAAUUGGGGAUUACGUUUUAGUGGAAUAAACAAUCAGAUAAACAAUACAUAUAAUACCAUAUAAUACCUAAAUAUACCAAUUUGUUCAUACUUAGGACAAAUUAAUAAUAUGUAUUGAUAAUUUUCAUGUUUUGUUUUAAAACUAGCAUGUUACGGUAAGUAUCCAAUUUAUUAUACAAAUUUGUUAUUUAUUUAAAAUCAACUCAUAAUAUUCUAUUAGAAACUUAUAUAGGUACGAUUGAGAUAUUUUAAAAUAAAUAUGAAAGCUAAUAAUAUUAUGAUUAUAUAUAUCUUAAUUUAUCUGAAUAGUAACAUAGAAUAAUAUUUAUGUUAUAUUUUGCAAUUGACUUAUUUCCAAAACUAUUAUCAACAGACGAUAUGGUCGAAUACGGCGUUGACUUAUGUGAGUAAUUUAUUGUUAAAAAGAAAAAAAUUAGUUAGGUACGUGUAUUUGUGUAUUCGAUAUUUAUAUUUGCUUUUUAUUUUUACUUACAGACCUACUUAAAGAAAGAACUACAAGCAUUUUAACUGGUAAACAAUUUAAACUAAUAUUAAAACCAAUACUAACGAUGUGUUUUAUGUAAAUCCGAUGACUGCACAAAUUCGCAUCAUAUAUUAUAUCAAACGUUUCUCGUCGCAUAUGUGGGUACGAAUACGCGAAUAAAUAUGAGAACAGUGGGGCGUGUAAUAGUUUCGUACAUUUAUAAUUUUCGUUAGGAAAACGCACAUACGAACUGCGGUGUGAUGAAAAUACAAAAUGGUUUGUUUUCCAUUUUGUCCAGCUGCAAUUGUGAACGAAUUUAUUCGUUCGCAAACGAAUUCGGUUGCUGCGUACGUUGGUAUUGUCGCGAGAAAAUGGAAUAUGAAAACGCCAAGAGAGACAUAUAAACGAAUACUAAAACAGUGUGGAAGUAUGCGAAUUAUCUCAGAAGAAAAAAUAAACUGAAAUAUUCCAAAAGUUAUCAAACACUACAACGAAAACACAACCGAUGGCCGGUUCGUGUGGCACAACAUUUGCCUUCUAGACUGCAUAUUUGUGGGUGUUUACAUAAAUAUUAUAAUAUAUAUGUGUAGUAUAAUUUAUUUUUAUUACAUUUUUUUAAAAAAAAAAACACUACCACCACACUGUUUUGAUGUACGUUUGGAUUUGGUCGCCGCAUCGAGCGCACCGUAGUGCGGAUUUCGUAGUCGCCGCAUUACUUACAUUGGAAAGCUAAGUCAAAAGUAGACUUAUAAAACAUAAUGUUCAGCUAAAUAAUUUUUCAAUUUUCCAAUAUUACGUAUAGUAUGAUUGACACAUGAAUAAUUCAAUAAUAUAAGUGUAUUUUAAAAUUCUCAAGAAACAAACUGAAGUGAAGUUGCUUACCAUAUCUAGUUUAUUUAAUCUAGUCUAAUUUAGGUAGUGCAGUGGUCCACUUAUAAUCGAGGAUCUGAAAGUGUUUAAAGUUCAAAUAUACCAACAUUUUACAGGCGGGAUUCAUUUGAAUGAAUCAACCCAAAAUCACAUAUCAUUUGUGCGAAAUGUAUACGGCACUUCAAUAUCUAAUACAUCAUCGGACUUGCUUUUAUAUAUAUAUAUACAUAAAUAUAGUCUUUGAAGUCUGAAAUAUUAUAUUUUCAAUAUUUUAUCCCACUGUGUCACAAAUAUAAGAUUCUCACCAGUUUAGGUAUUUAAUUUUAAGUACAUCAUAUUUUUUUUCAAGUAAAAUUUCACGCAUAUCUUAAUACACACAAUAUUAUUUUUACAAUAUUUUUAGUAACACAUUUUCAUGUAUAUAAUAGUUCAAUAUAAACAAUUGUACAAGACACAAAAAAAUAUAAAUUUGUUUUUUUUUCAUUUCUCUCGAAAAAUUCUCUCGUCUUUUCUUACGUAAAGUUACAUAUCUUAACUCAUUAUAUUCUCGAGUACCCAUAUGGUUACGCACAUUUUUCACAAAAUAUCAUAAUAUACAAAUGUAUAAAGUCAAAAAUUAUUUUAACAUUUUUCGUUUAAAAACGGAUAUUAACCAUAACGAUAAUAAUAAACAAUUUUAAUUUAAAGAAAUACUCCAGACUUAAUAGGUUAAUAAAAUAUUUUAUUAGUUUAGUACCUAAUAGUGCAUCAAUCAUCCAAAUAGGUUAAUACUAUAAUUUAUUAUCUGAUUAGAUUAUGUGUAGUCAGAACGUAAAAAUCACUAACGUUUCGACCUAAUAUAAUUAUAUAUAUAUUUAUAUAUAUAUGAAUAGGUAGUAAAUAUUAUAAAAGUAGUUGUGGUAUACUACAUAUUUAUUUACUGUUUAUCUAAAUCGUACAACAAACAAUGAUAAUUUCCUCCAAACGAUCGGUUAAUUUUUCGCUCAAAUGUUGUAUAAUUUCCACAAGUAAAUUUCGGGUGAUCUCAAUUGAAUGAAGCUCCACUCAACAGUAAUAUCAAUAAAUAAUCUUCAAGAUUAUUUAUUAUUUAUUAUUUACUUUUCUUCGACACUGUAAAACGUAUGAAGUGCUGCAUAGCACGUUAUUCCCUAGCAUCAUCAAAUUUGUAUUCAUACGACGUAAUUCAUAUGAUGUAAUUCGUAGAAAUUACUUCUUUAAUUGUGUAAUUCUAAUGCUGGUAUAUUAUUUGGGCAUAUUUCCUGUUCACACAUUUUUUUAAAAAAUACACAUGUAAAUAUAUAUCAUAAAUAAUCAUUUUUUAUAUAAUAUGGUUACUCUGCUGCAAUAUCAAUUUUAUCAUAUUUUAUAUCUCUUAUCUUACCAUAGCAUUAUUCUUCGAAGUGUUUAAGAGUUUUGGUGAACUGCCUUGAUCUUAUCGUAUGCAUUGUAUUAUCGAUCAUCAAAAUGACUGCGUUGAAUUUAUCGUGCUCUAAAAUUACUGCGCUUAAUUGUAGCGGAUCCUACGUUUUCGUCUGAUUUCAGUGUUUCUAGAAAUUUGUUAGAAAUUUGAGUUCUUUCUUUGUAACUAAUUGUCUGAAUCAUUACUUGUUAAAUUUAUUUGUUUUUAAUUGUUAUUGUUAUAAUUAUAUACUCGUAGGUAUAUUUUAUUUACCUACAAAUUAUAAUUAUUAUAAUUAACUGGGUUCUGAUACGAUUUAUAUAAUUUUCGAGAUUGAAAGAUUUUAAUAAUUAUAUUAAUGUCGUUUAAUAUAAUAUUUGAUUAUAAAUCAUGUUAUGUAUAUAUAAUAAUUAUAUCCCCUUUAAUUUUUUAUUUUUAAUUUGCAUAUAUUAUUAAAUGCAAUUCUCCUUUUAAACUAUUUAUUUUAAUUAUGUUUACAGCGUUUCAAAAACUACAGAAAAGUAAUUGUAAAAUAUUUAUUAUACUUUAUAGCGAACCGCAUUGUAUACAGAAAUCAUAAAUCAUAUAUUGUUGUAGAAUUUGUAUAGCGAUAGUCUUAAAUAGGUUUAAUAUUUUCUGGGGGAAGGGGUGGGGGUGAUUUAAUUUACCGAGCACCACCAUGCGACGUGUUUGUCAUAAGAAAAUGUUCCGAAAUCAAAUUAUUUUUUUAGCACUUAUUAUCACCAUGUCUAUUAUGAAUGCAAUAAGUACAUUUCUAGUGUUAAUUUGUAGGUUAUGUGUAUAGUUUAGAUGUGUAUUAUUUAAGUUAGGCCGAUAUAAUGUUGCAGAGUCUACAAUUGAUAAUUCGUCUUCUUCUCUUUUGCCUCCAUUUCGCUAUUUUGGGACGACUACCCUCCUCUUAAACUUCUACUUAAUCCGACCACUCCCUUCGCAUGCAUUAGCUAUCCCUUGAAUUUCCUCGUAAUAUUCUCGACCUCAUCCAACAAUUUAUUUUAUUUUAUCCUUUUCUUCUUCUCUUUCAUCCUACGUUUAAUUUGUCCUAGCCUUGUUUAGGACCCCUCAAAUCAUUUGACAAAAUGUUUACAUCAGCUUUUGAUCUGAUGAAAUCUCAUUUGUUGCCUCUUACAACCGGGGACCAGAACCUUUUGAUUUUAGCGGUUCUGUAUCAGUUUUGAUUCUUCAAUAAAAAUUAGAUCGAUUCGUUUACGGUUCCGGUUCUGUUAAAAAUAGAUAUUGGUUCUAUUUCGGUUUUGGUUCUUUAAAACAAAUGUAUAUUAGUUCUCUUUCUUUUUCGGGUAAUUUAAAUAAAUAUCAGUUCUGGUUCUUUCACAAAAAAUUAUUUUUCAAAAUUUAAACAUGAAUAGCAUUCCUUGGAGUAAAAUUUCUUAAAUUUUAUAAAGCCAAUCCCAAAAACUAAUGACUUACAUCAUUGAUUAAAUUUAAUCAAUGCUUACAUAAUACAUAUCAUAGAUUGGAUAACAAGGAAUGCCUCAUAAAUAUUAAUUAGGUAUAUACUUAUUAAAUAUACCUGCAUAUUUAUUCAAAUUUGCCAUCGUGUUCGACGGAUUUUUCCAGCGCUGUUUAUUUUUUUCCACUUUUUUUUUCAAUCAAUUUGUCUUUGAGGGGGUCAUCGAUUUAGAGAAAAAUUAAAAUUUGUAUUUUAAUCAUCUCAACAAAAAAAAAGUAACUUUAUAUUUUCACAUUAGAACUUUAGUACUUAUAUUUUUUUAAAUUUUUUCCGGUUUUUCAUAUUUUUUUCAAUAGAGGUUCCGAUUCCAAAUAUUUUAAAAGUUUCUGUUCCAGAACUGGUUCCUUUCGUUUUGUUUCUAGUCCUCGCUUACAACAGAUAGAAGUAUCUAAUUUUCAAGUGCGCUGUGCAUUUAUUGUUAAUUAAGGAUAUAGACGUUGAAUAAAAACUAAAAAUUCCGUGGAAUUCAAAUCAAACUGCAGUCAGUGGCGUUAUUUCAGUUUUUGAAAGAGGGGGGAGACUGGCUCAUAAAAAAACUGAAAAAAGAACGAUCACCUUGCUCACUAAUUUAUUCUUCACAUUUUCAUUUCAACACAAAUACCCUUCUUGUAUCCUUUUAUACGUAUAAAUGACUAAUAUUUUUGUGGGUUGAUAAUAACUAAAUAAUAAAUAUAUAUGUAGAGGGAAUUGACUGACCACUCUUCAUUUAGGGGAAAAGAGUAAAGCAUCAUCACUUCCACAUUUAAUAUCAACACUCUUUUAAUGAUAUUACGUUUAACAUAAAAUUAAUACCAAACAACCAUUUUCGAUCUUUUUAUACUAAAUUUUAACUUUAUAACUGAUUUUUGUAUCUAUUAAAUUUAACUUACAGAUGAAGGAAAUAGUAAGAAGAAUAUCUAUAUAUAA